AUGAAAUUGGCCGUCUUCAGCGCCAAAGCUUACGACCGCACGUAUCUGGAUGAGGUCUGCAGCCAGCGCUUCACCCAAUUGUGCCACAUCGAGUACCACGCGUUCGCCCUCUCGGAGGAGACCGUACCCUUAGCCAAAGGCGCCGAUGCCGUCUGUGUCUUUGUCAACGAUACCCUGGAUGCCCGUGUACUGCGCGCGCUGCAUGCCGACGGGGUGCGCGCCAUCCUCCUCCGCUGCGCCGGGUUCAACCAUGUUGAUUUGAGCGCCGCCGAAGAGCUAGGCCUCUUCGUCGCCAACGUCCCUGCCUACUCCCCAGAGGCCGUGGCCGAGUUUGCCGUCGCCCUGAUCCAGACCCUCAACCGCAAGACUCAUCGCGCCUACAACCGUGUGCGCGAAGGGAACUUCAACAUCGAAGGUCUUCUCGGCACGACGCUGCAUGGGCAGACCGUGGGCAUUGUCGGGGUGGGCCGCAUCGGCCUGGCCGCCGCGCGGAUCUUCCACGGCUUCGGCUGUCGCCUACUGGCUCAUGAUCCCUUCGCUGGCGACGAGUUUCGCCAAUAUGGCACCCUGGUAGACCUGGAGACCUUACUGCGGGAGAGCCACAUCGUCAGCCUACACUGCCCGUUGACGGAGGGCACCCGGCACCUCAUUAAUGAAGAGACCCUGGCCCAGAUAAACCCUGGCGCCAUGUUGGUGAACACCUCCCGCGGAGGACUGAUCGAUAGCGCCGCCGUGAUACAAGCCCUUAAAACCCGUCAAUUGGGCGGACUGGCGUUGGAUGUCUACGAAGCCGAAGGGGAGCUGUUCUAUAACGAUCAUUCUGGGGACAUCAUCGACGACGACAUUCUGAUGCGUCUAAUGACCUUCCCGAACGUCCUGAUUUGUGGCCACCAGGGCUUUUUCACCCGGGAGGCCCUCACCGAGAUUGCCGGCGUCACGUUGAGCAACCUCAGUGCCUUUGUCGACGGGCGCUCGUGCUCCAACUCUCUGGUCACCGAGGGACAUAUCCUGGUUCGCGCAGACACAGCACCGGUACGGUUAUAA